CUUGUUCCGUUAUUUGAUUUUGCACCUGUUUUUAUCUCUGUUUUAUUUUUUACUAUUUUUAUAUUUUUCAAACUUGAGCAAGAAGAAGUGAAGGAGAAAAACAAAUUUAAAAAUGGCCGAACUUGCUGCAUCUAUCGCGGGUAUCGGGAGUUUUGUUCUCCAACUUGGCCAGUGCUUGGUUGCUCCGAUUGGGCGUCCAUUUCAGUACUUGUACAAUUACAAGAAGAACAUUGACCAACCUUCAAGGUGCAGUUAGGAAGCUGAAGAACACAAGAGAGGAAGUGCAGGUUAAGGUUACUGCUGCUGAAAGAAACGUGGAAGAGAUCAACCAGAGUGUUAAAGACUGGCAGAAGGAUGUUGAGAAGACCAUUACUGACGCAGAGAAUUUGAUUGAAGAGAAAGAAAACAAUCCUCGAUGUUUCAAGGGAUUGUGCCCCAACUGGAUCACCCACUACAAAGAUAGCAAGAAAGCAUUCAAGUUAAAGGAGAAUGAUAUCAGUCAACUCCUAGAUAAGAAUAAAUAUCCAUUCCUGCCGCAAGAAGAUAAAGUUGCCCAUCCUACUAUUCCUCGGGAGAUCUGGCUUAGAUCUAAUGAAGAUUAUUUGGCUUUCGAAUCAAGGGCCUCCACUGAGACGAAUGUAUGGGAUGCACUAAAUGAUGAGAAUAUCUACAUGAUCGGUGUUUAUGGGAUGGGUGGUCUUGGGAAGACCACGCUUGUGCAGGAAGUUGGUAAGAAAGCGGAGAAGGAUAAGCUAUUCGACGACUUUGUUUUUGUUGAGGUAACAGAAACUCCUGAUACCAAAACAAUUCGAACAACCAUUGCAAAAAAGUUAGGUCUUGAGUUCGAAGAGAAUGAUGAUGAGAGUCAAAGAGCAAAUAAAUUAUAUUCUAGAAUGAAGGAUAAAAAUAUCCUUUUAAUCAUAGAUAAUAUUUGGGAAGAGCUAAAUUUGAAGACAGUUGGAAUUCCUUCCGGAGCUGAUCGUGGAAAAAGUAAAAUGUUGAUGACAACAAGGAAAGAAGAUGUAUUGGCAAAGAUGGGUUCCACAAAUAAUUUCGGGAUGGGCAUUUUAAAUGAAGAAGAAGCUUGGAGUCUAUUCAAGAAAAUGGCAGGUAAUGUUAUUCAAACACCUGAAUUGAAUUCUUUACCAAAUGAUGUAUGUAAAGAAUGUGGAGGGUUGCCCAUUGUCAUUUGUACAAUAGCAAAAGCAUUAAGGAACAGGACACAAGAAUCUCAAUGGAAAGAUGCCUUGCGAGUACUAAAAAUGCCUUCCCCAGCACAGUUCCCAAGACUUUUGGAAGAGGAAUAUUAUAAGAUUAAGUUGAGUUAUGAUUAUUUAGAAUAUGAUGAGCUCAAGAAAACUUUCAUAAUUUCUAGUCUAAUGAAAAAUGAUACUUCCAUAUUAGACUUGUUCAAGAGUAUCGUUUGUUUGGGUAUACUUGAAGGAGCUAAUCUUACAAUAGAACAAGCACGGAAUAGACUAGAUUCAGUGAUCAAGGAACUCAAAGACUCUUGCUUGUUACUUGAUGGUAGAACCAAAGGAAGUUUUUCUAUGCAUGACGUUGUUCGCGCUAUUGCUUUAACAUGUGCAUAUACAGAUCACCAUGUAUUUACAGAGAAAAAUGACACUGAAAGAGAAUGGAAGGAUGAAGAUAAACUUAGAAAAUGCACAAUUUUCUCUUUAGUUGGUGAUAAUAUUACUACUCAAAUUUUGCUUGACGGAUUAGACUAUCCAGAAGUUGAAUUUUUUUAUAUUAGGAACCCUGGUUCUUUUUUCAGAUUCCUUGAGGGGUUUUCCACAUUGAUGCCAAAGCUUAAGGUUUUAAAUUUAUGUAGAAUACAACAAUUGUCAUUGCCAUCGUCACUUGAUGUUUUGAAAAACCUUCAAACAUUGUGUUUAGAUGAGAGCAAAAUUGAAGAUGUUGCUGUUAUUGGAAAUCUUAAGGAGCUAAAAGUCCUUAGCAUGAAAAAUUCUAAUAUCAUGAAGCUGCCUACAAGAAUGGGUGAAUUGACUCAGCUAAGGUUAUUGGAUUUAAGCAAUUGUAGGAGAUUGGAGGUUAUCGCACCAAAUGUGAUAUCAAAAUUAUCCCAACUAGAGGAAUUCUAUACAAAGGGAUGCUGUAUUCGGUGGAAUGUUGAAGUACUUGAAGAGUUGAUGGGCUUGUCUCGAUUGACUCGUUUAGAAAUACAUGUUAAAGAUAACAAGAUGUUGCCUAAAGACUUCUUUUCUAAAGAGCUUGAUUGGUAUAAAAUAUUCAUAGGAGAUAUUUUGUUUUACUUUGUGCCCAAUUACGAACCUUCAAGAAUAUUGGAAUUUAAAUGUGAUUCUACCAUCUCUUUAGAAGAACUACGAAUUGUGAAGAACGUUGAAUUCUUACGAUUGGCCAAAGUUUCAAAUCACGAUAACAAUGUCAUGACACUUUUUAAUGAAAAGGUUAUUUUCUCCAAUUUGAAGGGCUUGGACCUGCAAGAUAUUUGUUCUAGAAAUCUUUGGGAUAACCAACUUCCAAUGUUCGUGUCUUCCUCUUAUCAAAAUUUGACUUGGUUGAUAUUGAAUGGAUGUGAAAAUAUAAAAUAUGUAUUUCCAUCUUUCAUUGUCAAAAGCCUCAUGCAACUCCAAUUCCUUGAGAUAAUAAAUUGUGAGGUUUUAGAGGAGAUUGUUGCAAAGGAAGAAGGAGCAAAUGCAAUUGUCAAUUUUGUCUUUCCACAUGUAACCUCAUUAAGGCUUAAAAAUCUACCAGAACUUACAGCUUUCUAUCCUGAAAUACACACUUCCGAAUGGCCAAAGUUGAAAGAGUUGGUGGUGAAAAAUUGUGACAAAUUCACUUCAAAACAUAUGAGCUUCCAAGAAAAUAGUGAGGAGGGUGAACAUAUUCCCAGGCCAAAAUCCAUCUUGUUGGAUGAUAAGAUCAAGUUGGAUCAAGUUGGAAAUGAUCAAUACAAAGAAAUUAAGUGCCUACCAGAUCUUCCAAGUCUUGAAAUUCUAAACGUAGACCAUUGUAGCAAAUUGAUGACUUUGGUGUUAUUCUCAACUUCUUUCUUGAAUCUUAAAAUUCUAAGAGUUUACGGUUGCAAUGUCUUGAAGUUAAUAACACCUUCAACGGCUAGAAGCUUGGUGCAAUUAAGAGAAAUGACAAUAUCUGGUUGUGAAAUGCUGAUGGAAAUUGUAGGAAAUGAGGGAGAUGCAACAAUGAGCUGUACUGCAAUUGUUUUGGAUAAAUUGGUGUUUUUGUCACUUGAAGACUUAGAAAGUCUUAUAUGCUUUUGCAGUGGGAAUUACUCUUUGAGUUUUCCAUCUUUGGAACAUUUAAAUAUAAGAGAAUGUCCCACUAUGAAGACUUUCUCUAAAGGAAUCUUAAACACACCAAAGUUACACAAAGUUUCUUGUGAGGGGGAAACAAAGGAUUUAGAAAGUGGAGGGAGUGAGCUUAAUAAAAUCAUACAAGGAGCAGACAGAAAACAGGACAUCUCCCUUGAUUUGAAGUACAAGGCAUUCCAAGAUGAUAAUUCAAUAGAGAUUUGCUACAACAAACAUCCAACUUCUUUCUAUCAAAAUUUGACACAAUUGUUCUUUUGGAAUUGUGGAAACAUAAAAUAUGCGUUUCCAUCUUCCGUAGCCAAAAGUCUCUACCAACUCCAACAACUAAAAAUACAAAAUUGUAAGGUUUUAGAGGAGAUUGUUGCAAAAGAAGGAGCAAAUGAAGAUGUCAAUUUUGUCUUUCCUCAUGUAACUUUCUUGAAGCUUCAAAAUCUACCCGAAUUUAAAGCUUUCUAUCAUACUUUUGAAUGGCCAAUGUUAAAAAAGUUGGUGGUGAAAGAUUGUGACAAGUUCAUGACUUCAAAAUAUCUGAGCUUCCAAGAAAAUAAGGAGGAGGAGGAACUUCAUUUUUCAGAGCCAAAAUUCCUCUGCUUGAAUGAUAAGAUCAACUGUGAUUUGGAGGCAUUGGAAUUAAAGAAUAAGUUGAGACAUAUUAUAUGGGAGAGUCAAACUAAAUAUCUUAAGAUCACUCAUGAUAAGUCAGCAAAUAUUUCACUUGGACUCCUUCAAAGAUUUGAAAAUCUGAAAGAGCUCAAACUAUAUGGAAAUAAUCAAUACAAAGAAAUUAAGUGCCUACUUGAUCUUCCAAAUCUUGAAGUUCUAGAAGUAAUAGAGUGUAUGGAAUUGAUGUCUCUAGUGUCAUCCUCAACUUCUUUCCAGAAUCUUAAAGUUCUAAAAGUAAGUGAUUGCAUCGGGCUUGUGAUGAAGUUAAUAACACCUUCAAUGGCUAUAAGUUUGGUGCAAUUGAGAGAAAUGAGCAUAAAAGAUUGUAUGAUGAUAACAGAAAUAGUAGAAAAUGAGGGAGAUGCAACAAUAAGUACUGAAAUUGUUUUUAACAAUUUGAAGAAGUUGUCACUUGAAAAGUUGAAAAGUCUCACAUGUUUUUGCUCUGGGAAUUACUCUUUCAAUUUCCCAUCUUUGGAAGACUUAAUUAUAAGGGAGUGUCCCAAUAUGAAAACUUUCUCCCAAGGAAUCUUAACCACACCAAAGUUACCCAAAGUCAAGUAUGAUGGGGAGGAGAAGGAUUUAGAGAAUGGGGGGAGUGAGCUCAACACAACCAUACAAGAAGCACACAAAAAAAAGGCUGACUCCAAUUUGAAGGAAUUGAGAUUAACAUUAAGCGGAAGGGACAUCAUGCCGAUUUGGGAAGGAGAGUUUCAAGAGAGCUUUGGCGAAGUAAAAACUCUUGAAUUGAUUAAGGAUGAAUAUCCAAACAUUCCAAUUCAAAUUCUUCACAAAUUUAACAGUCUUGAAAAACUUAUAUUAAAAAUGAGUUCAUACCAAGAGAUAUUCUCAUCUAGAGAGGAUGAGGAAUACGAUGGAGCACUCACAAAUUUAAAAGUUUUAAAACUGUUGGGACUUUUUAAUUUAAAGUGCAUUUCAAAACAAGACUCCCGAUUGAACUCAAUUUUGCAAAAUCUUGAUCAUCUAGCGGUGAUGCAUUGUCACAAUUUGACUACUUUGUUGCCACCUUUAUUGUCUUUCGAAAAUCUGAGGAUUUUAGGCUUAGCUUGUUGUAAGGGAAUGCAAAACUUAAUGUCAUCUUCAACAGCCCAAAGUCUAGUGCAACUAGAAGAGUUGGGUAUAGCAUAUUGCGAAAUGAUGAUUGAAGUAUUGGCAAAUGAAGGAGACAUAGAGAAAGGUGAAAUUGUUUUUGAGAAAUUGGAGAAGUUGACAUUGUAUGAUUUAGAAAGUCUCACAUGCUUCUGCUCUGGGAAUUACACCUUAAAAUUCCCAUUCUUGAAAGAAUUAAAUGUACAUGAAUGCUCCAAGAUGAAGACUUUCUUUGGAGGAGACUUAAGCAUGCCAAAAUUACAAGAGUUGAAUGAUAAAGAUUGUUCAAAGUGUGACAUUGAUACAAUCAUACAACAGUUACAAGAUGAUUGUUCAGAGUUAUGGGAAAGAUUCCCAUCUGAAGUAUAUUAAGAGUUUUAGUUAGACAGAAAGUGUAAUGUCCAUCAACCCACGACGCAAUCAUGUGGUGCUCUGCAACAGAGUUAGGUGUCUCUUCUCUUGGUGGCUAAUGUCGAUAUCCGGCUUAAGUCAAGUCCUCUCUAGUAUUUGGCUGCGUGGCUUCAGUUUACGGUCAAUUUCGAACGAGUCGUAUCGACCACGCGCGUCCUCUCCCUUCCGUUCUCCUUAACCCUUUCAAAAUCGUUGAUGUCCCUGUCAGUUCAACCGUCGGCAAUUUAGAUGAGAUUGUCAAGUUGUUCUCGAAUUUGUUCGCAACGAUCGACGAAAUUAGUGCCAAAUGAUGCCGAUUAUGCUUCAAGCAGAUUAGAAGUUAAAAAUCAGCGUCGUAUUUGUCUAGGCUCUAGGCGACAGGUUAAACACAAUAUUACUUGCAGGAUCUUGCGAAGGAGAGGUUCAGCAAGGAUCAUGAAUUGCAAAUACAUUGGAUGACUCCUGAAUAUAUUUAUCCGGAAAGAAAUGUGAGUCAAGGCGACAGGUGGACACAAUGUGAUUUCAGGAAUUUUCAGUGAGGGUCUAUAUCAUGAAGAUCCAGUCUUAAAAUGUGUUUGGGUGAAAUGCUUUUUAUUGAUUUGGGAGAGGUACAAUAAGGAUCAUGAAGUGCAAAUACAUGGAAAUGCUCUUCAAUAUUUUAAUCCUUACAGUAACCAGGUGACAGGGGAAGUUUCCUACAACGGUUACCAGUUGGACAAGUUUGUUCACCAGAAAACGCCAGCUUAUAUAAGCCAAGAAGAUCUGCAUAUAGCAGCAAUGACUGUGAGGGAAACACUUGAUUUUUCUGCCUGAUGUCUUGGUGUUGGAAACAUAGGAGAUAUGAUGAUGGAGGUCAGUAAAAAAGAGGAGGCAGGAAUUGUUCCACAUCCAGAUGUAGAUACUUACAUGAAGGCAAUUUUUGCAAAAGGACAAAAAACAACCCUUCUAACAGAUCAUGUUCUAACGGUCCUUGGAUUGAUGUCUAUGCUGACACAAUGGUGGGAGAUGAUAUGAGAAGAGGCAUCUCUAGAGGUCAAAAAAGGAGACUAAC